UCUGAACACUGACAAGAGUUUCUUAAGACCUUACACUUCGAUUGAUUGGGAACUUUUGGGAAAUUAAAUAUUUUAAAACAAAGAUUUAGAAUCAUAUACAACAGUAUUCAAUUUUAACUGUCUGCGGAUUUUUACCCGCUGGGGGAUCGAUUUUUUGUGCCAACAGCUUGUGCAUGAGGCAACUUGAAGCUGAGACUUUCGAGAUGGCAACCCGUAUUUAAUACAGAGCAGUGAAGAUUAAACGUUACGAUGGCCGAUCGCUACUACCGCCUUAUCACCUUGCUCGUUGAUGUUUGCACGCCUGUCCUUAGAGAGCUUUUCCUGUACUAUGCAAAGGCAGAUACUUCCACGCCGUUCAUAGACAUCCAACAGUACAUGGCAGCAAAGGAACCAAUUGUUCGUCAGCUAAGAGGUCUCCCAAAGCAUAUUUAUGAGAAGAUUUACAAUUCAGGUCCUAUUGACGAUAGUAAAUGGGACAUUACUGCCAUGACGUGUUUGCUUCAUGGCAUUUUUAGUUUGCCAAUACACAUUAAAUCCAGUGUUGAACAGAUAAGAACUGAAAGAAACAAGCUUCAGCAUAUUAAACAGCUACAAAGCUUAUCGGAGGAAGAGUAUGAAAGUACAUGGAGGUCAAUAGAACAAAGUAUUCGCCAACUCGUUUCAAACUUGUCUCCCGGAUGUCAACAACAGACUGCAGAACACAUAAAUAAUGCAAGAAUAGGUAACUUUCCAAAUAUGUGCAAUACGUUCACAACUUGGUGUCUAAGUUUGGCCGGUCACCUAGAAGAAGUGAAAGAGAAUACAAACGUAACAAGACAGAUUGUAGAAAAUGUCGCAGAGAAGCGAGUGGACAGCCGGGGCACAGUUGUCAAGCGAUUUAAAGCAGUUGAUGACAUUUUAAGGCGUAUGAAAGAAUGCUUUGACUCAACGAUGUCUAGAGAGCUCCCGGAUGAUUUUGAGCCACCCGAUUGUAUUGCACAAAUUCGAGACCAUCUCCGACAAAAGCGACAUGUUAUUGUCACAGGGACCGUUGGUCGAUCAUAUCUGCAGGUGGCGUUGACUGCAAUAAAAGAAGUAAAUAACCAUGGACCUGAUGUUAGUGCUGAAAUAUCAUUCCCAAGCGAUUGGCGCCAUAUUGAUCCGUCAGAGAUAAAAUUUAUCCUUUGCACAAACCCAUUCGGCGACCACGAUUUUGACGCACAAAAGGCGCCUGCGAUGCUUGAUGUUCUAUGUCAGAUAAUGAAUUCAGCUUAUGCCGGAGAGUUGACGCUUGCAAUCGUGACAAAGAAAGACGUUCUCGUUCAAGCUCAAGACGUUUUCGGGAAGGACCAUGAUGUGUUGCAAAACAUUGUUGAACCAUAUGCUGAAACAACCGAAGAAAAUCCUGAAAUUAUUUUAUCUAGAUCCACGAUAUCUUGUUGUACUCAUUUUCAAAGGACGACACAAAGUGCUUUGCAAGGUAAAACUGUACCUACUCUAGUUCAUGAUAAAGUGAAAAAUUAAAUAAUUUUACUAUGCAUAUAUGCUGUUAUAUCUUUAUUGUAGACAUUGUAAGGACAAUUAAUAAUCCAUUUUGAUAAACGUGCAUAAUUCAAUCAAAUUGAUCACGACGAACAGGCACACAAUUCGAGUUACAUAAAAAAUAAACGUUUGUAAAACAAACAGGAAUUUAGAACGGUAUUCAUCCAAAUAUAGUGUAAUACAUUUUGACGACCUGUCGCUAUAACAAAUGUUUGAAAUAUUCAUACUAACAGUAAAGCAGGUAAGUUAAUUUAUGUAGUAUCUUGCCACAAAGGGAUACGUUUCUACAUUUAGAUCAAAUAUGUUUGAUGACAAUAUUGGAACUAACAUACUGUACUUUCAAGUUCAAGAUAAAGAGGAACAUAUGAGAACUUUUUUAUCUUUAAUGCUCAAUGCUUCUUUAAAACAUUGAAUGAAUAAAUUAUUGUUUUUUAAUACCUUUUAAAAAUAAAUAAAAAUGGAGAGAGUUUGAUGAAUAGAUAAACGCUUAUGAAUUAAGCAGAUAUCAAGAACUGAAGUUGAAGAUCAAAAAAGUGUUUUAUGUCAAGUGUAUAUGAAAUGAUCUUGAAAGGAAUUAUAUGCAAGUAGGUAGAUAUUUUAACGGACAGUAUUUGAUGUGUACAUAAAUGUAUAUAUAAAAUAUUUGGUGACGAAUUGUAUGAAAAAAUACGUUAAUCAUAAAGAAAUCUGAUUUUGGUAUAUGUAUACUAAAACUAUU